AUGAGUGCUCUCGAGAAGACGAGGGAGCUUGUUGGAAUGGGACCAUCACGUGAGCUACCCCAAUCACGUGUUGACCCGUCGCUAGCCCCACCUGCUAGCGUGAGCUCCCAGCACAACACGCUUGUCAACUGCCUACUAGAAACCUGUGAAUCUGAUCAGAGCUCCGUGGAUGAGAUUGCUAUCGAUUCAGACUCGAGUGACAGUGACGAUACUGUCCCUGGUUUGAGUGCACCCGCCACCAUCGAGGGCGACACUUCCCCCUCCCCUUCCAAGGCUUUCACGCGUGGGCAUCGCCGUCGCUCCACGCACGUUACUCGCCGUGACCUUGAGAAGUUUCAAUCGGAGGUCCUAGGCGUGGAAAAUCACGCCUCUUGGUUCGACGAAGAUAACGGCACUAGCACUCCGAAAUCCUUCACUCCUGACGACCCUCAACUCGAGGAACUGAAUCGCGCUUUCGCCGACGCCGACGUCUCUAUGAACACGAACACGUCUAGUAUGGCCACCAACGGUAACGGUAACGGCAACUUCUCAGGUUACGUCGAAAACAGUAGUAGCGCGAUGAGCAUAUCCAACAUGCCUCCUCGCCAAACUCCGUCUCCUUCCCCUUCCCACACUUCGGUCAGCGGCCAGAUCAAUGGCGGCGGAAUGGGCGCCAUGGGUGCGGCAAUUCCGAUGAACGCUGGCCAUCAGAUGGACUUGCAUCAUCUCUAUGAGAUGGUUGUGGAACUGAGCGACGUCUUGAAGAAUAACCGGGAUGUGACCAAGAACAUCGUCGCGAAUGCCGAGGAGAUUGUGAAGAACGGUAUUGUCGAUAGCUCUGGCCCGAAUGGCCAGCAGGGUGACAAUCUUACUGCCCGGAUUGCCGAACUUGAGCGUGCCCUGGCCAAGGAAAAACUUGUGAGUGCCGAUCAUAAAUACCAUCGUGAGGAAAACAUGAAGAUGGUCCGGGAGUUUGAGCACGCCGUGGGUAUCAUGCUCGAGCAAAUCCGCAAUUACUGCCAGAACAACAACAUGCACUACCUUGCUCAGAAGAAGCAUUACAACAAUCUCCUCCAAGCUGAGCGUGACGCCCAUCUGGAAAGCCGACUCGACCGGGACUACUGGCAUGCUCAAACCAUGAAAUGUGCCGAAAUGAUUCGCACCGCCUACCGUCUCAAAUGCGAAGAAGAUGAUGUCCCUACUCGCGUCAUCUCUGGUCUGCAGAAUGAAGUUCGUGCCUACCGCUUUGCGCUCGGCAUGGAAGCCGAGAAACCCGACGAGGAGUAUGGCUGGGAAUAUCUCAAGAAUAUUCCGGGUCUGGAAUAG